AUUAAGAAAGAAAGGGAGGGAACUACAUCCACGAGCAGAAAACUAAAACAACGUAUUAGGUUCCUGGAGAAACCUCUUCUCUGCUUCUGAAUCAUGCCUCUGGCCACAAGAUGCAGAAACCUAUGAAGUAAGAGGGGGCCACUCUAAAAGGAAGAAAAGAAAAACUCCAGACUUUUCAGAAACCGAAAGCAAGAACAUGACAAUAUAUAUAUAUACUCUACGGGAGGUUCAUGAAGGCAUUAAAGAAAGUGGCAUUCACCAUUCACUACUACAUCAAGAUGAUGGCCUGGCAAACUCUCUUUCUCCUUUGCUGUUUACUGAACUGUGUUGAAUCUUCUGCAUCCACGCUUGUCUCGAAGUAUAAAUACAACAACUCAUUUCGUCUUACAAGGUCCACUCGAACCCGCGUGCAGCAGCUACUGAAGAAAUAUAAGGAGCAGCAGUUGGGAAAUACGCAUUUUGAGAACAGAAGCCAACACUUGACAGAGCUCCCAUUUCUGUCCACAGACCUCGACAAGUGGCUGAAGUUGUCGAACUGGGACCGAUUGCAUGCCGCUUUCUGGGACUUGCAGGCCUAUUGGAAAAUGCUGGAAAGGAAGAGAAAACAGCUGGAGAGGGAGCAGAAUGAGCAGAUAGUGGUGGAUGUGGCCCAAACCACAUUACUUCGGAACAUGAGGCACAUUCAGCUGGACUUACGGGACUUGAUGAGCCAAGUCAGCAAUCAGAUGAGACUCAUAAGGAGUUCUUGGAUUAGGCCAAUGACUGCUGCAGCCCACCUGAACCCACGAAGAAGUACCAGAACUGUGUGGGAUGACCGAGUGGAGGGCUACAUAAUUCUUAGGGACUUGAACCUUUACCUCACAAAGCUGGCAAGAGACUUUCUCCUACUAGCUUCAAAAACACAAAUAUGAAAAAAACAGAUAUAUGUGUAAUAAAAGCUAAACUGACAGUAGCUAUCUAAGAAUUGAAAUAUCUGUUAUAAGAACCUGAUUUCCACUCAACACUCCCAUUUUUUGUUUAUACAAUGUAUAUCUAAGGGCUUUCUGGGGUAUUUCCAAAGUUUCUGUCUCACCUCUAACAGUAAGUCAGAAAUAAGCAGCUCAGAGCAGCUU